CAUAUUCAUUCGUACCUCUCUCUGCAUUCUCACCUAUCCACAUUUUGUAACAUCCGAUUCCGAUGGGGAAACCGACUGGGAAGAAGAAGAACCCCGAUCCUCCGACGGAUUCUUCCGUCAGCGGAGGAGGUAACAAGUCAGCCAAAAGCUUCGAUCGUUCUGCCUCCAAGGCGGCAGCCACCUUCGACGAAGACAUGGCGAUCUUCAUAAACCGAGCGUUAGAGCUCAAAGAAGAAGGAAACAAGCUCUUCCAGAAACGCGACAACGAAGGCGCCAUGCUAAGGUACGACAAAGCCGUCAAGCUUUUGCCUAAAGAUCACGGAGAGGUGGCUUACCUGAGAACGGGCAUGGCUUCUUGCUACAUGCAUAUGGGGCUGGGAGAGUACCCGAACGCGAUCAACGAGUGCAAUCUCGCCCUCGAGGCUUCUCCUAGGUACAGCAAAGCCCUGUUGAAACGCGCUCGGUGCUACGAGGCUCUGAAUAAGAUGGAUUUCGCGUUUAGGGAUUCGAGGAUCGUUCUGAACAUGGAGGCUGAGAAUGUUUCGGCUAAGGAGAUCUUCGAGAGGGUGAGGAAGGUGUUGGUUGGUAGAGGGGUUGAUGUGGCUGAGAUGGAGACGAGUUUUGUCGAUGUGCAGCCCGUUGGCGCCGCGCGGUUAAGGAAGAUUGUUAAGGAGAGGUUGAGGAAGAUGAAGAAGAAGAAUAAUAAUAAAAAGAAUAGUAAUAGUAAUGCUGAUGAGAAGAAGAGUAACGAAGGCGGAGUCGUUGUUGAGAGUGCAGAUGUUGAAGAUGGAGAGGAAGCUGAUAGCGGGAAGAGAGGAGAUAAGAAUCUUGAGGAUAAGGUUGUGGUUGAGGAGAAGAAAGUGAGUCAUGUGAUGGACAAAGAGGUCGUCAUUGCUUCCCAGAUCGACGCGACUGUGACCAGGACGGUGAAGUUGGUCCACGGAGACGAUAUAAGGUGGGCGCAGCUGCCGUUGGAUUCCAGCGUCAGGCUUGUGAGAGAUAUAAUCAGAGAUAGGUUUCCUUCUCUGAAGGGCUUCCUUAUCAAAUAUAGAGACUCUGAGGGUGAUUUGGUUACCAUCACCACGACGGACGAGCUGAGAGUGGCUGCUUCGACGAGGGAGAAACUUGGCUCCUUUAGAUUGUUUGUCACUGAAGUCAGCCCCAAUCAAGAACCUGUAUACGACGGCGAAUCGAACGAUAAGUUCGCCAAGGGGUCAAGUAGUGUUGCUGAUAAUGGAAGCGUGGGAGGAGAUUAUGUGGAGUCUGAGAAACCGUCAGCUUGCAUCGAGCAUUGGAUAUUCCAGUUUGCGCAGCUGUUCAAGAACCACGUUGGGUUUGAUUCCGAUUCUUACUUGGACAUUCACAACCUUGGGAUGAAGCUGUAUACGGAAGCAAUGGAAGAUAUAGUAACUGGAGAAGACGCGCAAGAGCUUUUUGAUAUAGCUGCUCAUAAGUUCCAAGAAAUGGCUGCGCUAGCAAUGUUCAACUGGGGGAACGUUCAUAUGUCCAAGGCGAGAAGGCAGAUCUAUUUUCCGGAGGAUGGCUCGAGAGAAACUAUACUAGAGAAGGUCGAGGCUGGAUUCGAAUGGGCGACGAACGAGUACAACAAAGCUGCGGAAAAAUACGAAGAAGCUGUUAAAGUUAAAUCUGAUUUCUACGAGGCUCUUCUUGCGCUCGGGCAACAGCAGUUUGAGCAGGCUAAGCUUUGUUGGUACCACGCGCUUAGAAACAAGAUAGAUAUCGAAAGCCAGGCUUCUCAGGAAGUGCUGAAACUCUAUAACAAAGCUGAGGAGAGUAUGGAAAAGGGUAUGCAGAUUUGGGAAGAGAUGGAAGAACGCCGUCUGAAUGGAAUCUCUGAUUCGGAUAAACAUAAAACGCUGCUGCAGAAGCUGGGAUUAGAUGGGGUGUUUAGUGAAGCGUCUGAUGAAGAUAACGCAGAGCAAACAGCUAAUAUGACUUCCCAGAUUAAUCUUUUGUGGGGUUCAUUACUGUAUGAACGGUCUAUUGUGGAGUAUAAGCUUGGUUUACCAACUUGGGAUGAAUGCUUGGAGGUUGCUGUGGAGAAAUUUGAAUUAGCUGGAGCUUCUGCAACCGAUAUAGCUGUCAUGGUAAAGAACCAUUGCUCAAACGAAAAUGCACUUGAAGGUAUGGGGUUCAAGAUCGAUGAGAUAGUACAGGCAUGGAACGAGAUGUAUGAUGCCAAAAGAUGGCAGAUCGGUGUCCCAUCUUUCCGGCUAGAACCUUUGUUCCGGAGACGGUCACCGAAGCUGCAUGAUAUUUUAGAGAAUGUGUUUACAGGGCCUCAGUGACUAAACUGUCAAUCAUAUACAUGAACAGAGCAUAUCAGCUGGUAUUGUAUUUACUGGGGGAGUUGGAGUUGUAUGCAAAUUUUCUUCUAUUUUUGGUUUGGUUUCUCAGUUUUUUGGAAGCAAUAUUUUUUUUAUAGUCUUG